AUGGAGUGCAAAACUGGUGUCAACGUCUCACGAGUGGAUUUCAGCGAACCACAAGGUGGAAAAGGUCCAUGUGAUCGUAAAGCCGCCACCAUCAAAGCUCACGUUCGACGGUUUAUCAACGAAGGUAACGACGUGACCACAGCGCGGCAGUUUAGGGAUGCCAUAAUGUCAUCGGGAGGUGUACCGGGCGUCAGGGUUGCCAUGGUUGAUGCAGCAGGUCUUUGUGACCCACAUGUAGAAUGGGAUGGCAUCAGCCGCCAGAACAAUUUUGAGUACACCGACGGAAAAAUUACCGUGUGGGAAGCCUAUGGUGUAGGAAUCGGCAGGGUAAUGCAACAACGCGACACAUGGGGUUAGUAUGUGCUACAAAAUUAAAAGUUACUAGCGACCGGCUUCUCAAACAAACUAUUCCAAAAUGUCUCAGUUUUAUCCUUGCAACAUUUACCAAUGUUCAGUUAAUACAAUGACAAAAAAUGUUUCAAGUACAUCAAUGAAACUUUUGGGAGGGCCGUUUUGUUUGAAUAAUACCCCAGUAUUGCAUGUCUGUUAACUUUGUGUGUUUCGUUUGUUUUGCCAUUAUAGCUCAGCCACUCCAGGAUACAUUUGACGCUCCAUUUACACCUGGUGGUUUUGUGCGUAGUUCAGCCAAGAAGCAUCGCAAGGAGACCGUAUCCAGUGGCCCUUCACAACACGAAGAGCAUAUGGUGGGUGGCCUGUUCCAGUGCAGCAACGAAGGAUGCGUGAAGGUCUACCAGACUAACGCUGCCUUAGAGAAUCACUUGCAAUUUGGCACCUGUGACCUCAGAGAAGAGAAUGCCACUCUCAUGGACCGGGCAAAAAAGCUCUAUCACCACAAGCUCAUUGAAGGCACCAGCAGCACAACACCGGUGGAGGAGAACAAGGAACGACAACAAUCAAAGGAUCCUUUGACUAAAGGCUGGGCACUAAAGAGCGCGAGAACAUCGAAGCGUUUCAACGAAUUUCAACGAUCCUACUUGGACGGCAAAUUCGCAAUCGAUCAGGAGACCGGCCACAAACUAGAUGCCGCUGCUGUUGCCAAAGAAAUGCGCUAUGCUAAGAAGAAAGACGGAACAAGGAUGUUUGAACCGGAAGAGUUUCUAACUGAAACCCAGAUCCGGGGCUAUUUCUCCAGACGGGCGGCCAAAUUGCGACAUGGUUACGAGCCAGAUAGUGAUGACGAGGCAGCAGCUGAGGAGGAGACGAACUACAGUACGACAAGGAAUCUCUUGGUCCAGGAUCUCGGCAUACAGCAUCCAGUGACCUAUCACCAGUACAACCUGUGCGAAAUGUCCUGCGAUAACAAACUCAGCAAGCUAAGCAUCAAGCUUCUUCAGGACAUUUGUACAAGCAUGGACAUAGACACUGGCAACAUAACCACACGCCGUAAGGCGCCGUACAUAGCCUUGUUGUCAGAAGCAAUCCAACAGUGUAGUUGUCAAAAAUAG